AGUCGGUUGGGUUCAGUGCUGAUCGUGUCGUUGAGAGUCACAGUGCCGUAGGCCGGUAACGUGGUGUGUUUAUUAGGAGAUACAGCCGUCUUUUGUUCUUAGAUCGGCAAUAUGGAUCUCGUGUUGUUUCUGGAACAGUUUUUAGUUUGGUACUGAACUCUACAGGAGGUUCGAAUAGAUCAAUGGUGAGCCGGAGAAAUCAAUUUCUAGAAAAUGUUUUAAUGCAACGGUUGGGAAUCGUGUUCGUGACAAAUGUUGUACUACUUUUAGUGGUAGAAGCAAGUAAAUCGAUAUUUUCGAACCGUCUCCGCGGUGCAGCGUCGUGCCGUACUUAUAAUUAGAAUCAAUAGCGUGCUGUGGUGGUGGUGUGCUACGGAAAUAUACGGAAGGCAGUGAUUUACAGUCAACAUGUCUGGAGUGAUGUUUGUGGUGCACAUUCCCUCGGCGAAGUAUGAGAAAAUCCUCCGCCAGAGGGUCAACGAAGAGCUGGCCAAAGCCAGCCAAGCUACGGUCGAAGACGAAACGAAGAAAGACGAUAAGGGUGACGGUGAGGGUACGAAACCUUUCCUCACUCCGCAACCACCGCGGCAUUUCAAAGAGCAAAGUGACGAAGACCGAAACAACUUUCUGGAUCUCGCGAACCUUCAACAGGAUCAAAAUAAAAUACCAGUUCUGAACCUACCGAACGACAGCAUUCCGUUCAUUGAUGUCUGUGAUACCGAUGCAGUGAAGAAUCCCGAAACAUCCCCAGAGCAACACAAAAAUAAAGAAGGCAACAUAGAUUCGAAUCCCGCAGGGAACUCGUUAGUUGUUCCUCUUGAUCGAUCAACGACGCUGCGCAAAUCCUGGGAGGGAAUAAAAGAUAUCAUGGGUUCCGCAAGGCGAACCAAAGAACUGCAAAAGGAAACGGAAAAGAUUCAACUGUCGGCGGAUUCUAGUCUAGACGAAGUAAUGAAGGAAAUUCUCCGCCAGAAGCACAUACGAACGUCCGCCUGGGUGGAAACCAACAAGGGUCGCGGCCACCAGAUUACCUUUUCCAUAGAAUCUGGUCCGCGGUGUGACGAUGUGAUAUAUAUGCUCUGUUCCUGGGGCAUCGGUGAACGGUACGGUUCAACGAUUUCCAUCACUUCGUGUACGCUAUUCACCGAGCAACCGCAGGAAGACGAUGAAGAGAAACAGGCGAACAACAAAACCAGCUCGUGGAACAGUUUUCUCACCUCAGCUCGAGCACAGCUCAACGUUGCAUCGAUCGUCGAUGAUGUCAAGAAUGGCGCAGUGAUCACGUUCGAUUAUGUGACCAUGUUGAUUACAGCUGCUAUAAUUGCUGCCUUCGGUUUGAUUGAAGAUAGUAGUGUGAAUUUGAUUGCCAGCAUGCUGGUGUCGCCAUUGAUGGGUCCAAUCCUCGCAGCAGUGUUCGGAACGGUUAUCAAAGAUAGGAACCUGCAAAUGCUGGGCAUGCGCAACGAAACAAUUGCUAUCGGAUUAGUUUUGUUGAGUGGAUUCUUCUUCGGGCUGAUCAUCAGCAGCACGGACGAGAAAUGGGGCCUCGGCGAAGGAGUGACGGCUGAAAUGUUGGCUCGCUGUCAGACGCACUCACUUAAACUGGGCAUAGCCAUCGCGUUGCCAUCGGGGGCUGCCGUCGCCGUGGCCAUUCUCGCCGAAAACGGCGGUGGACUUGUGGGCGUUGCCAUUUCGGCAUCGCUGCUGCCGCCUUCGGUUAACGCUGGAAUUCUAUGGUCGCUAUCGCUGUUGAGUUCGAUCUACGGAAAAUCACCGGAACAACGAUAUGCCACCGUCACGCAAACGAACCUCUACUCGGACAUCCAAUCAGUAGAGCUGUUCUGUCUCGGUUGUAUGAGUUUCUGUCUUACUUUGGUAAACGUAUGCUGCAUCUACAUUAUGGGGAUCUUUAUUCUUUGGAUAAAAGAAGUGGCUCCAAUUAUUCCGAAGGAUCAGAAACAAUUCUGGAAUCACGACAUCAAGAUUGCCCGGGAUUACAACAAAACCAUGCACACGAUGGACGGAAUGACGAUGAAUAAGCAACUGCUUCAAGAGCUGUCUCAUUUCCGUCAGCACAGCGAAACCGAUAAGCAGGGCUCCGAUCGGUGGCUCAACACCAUUGGCCGAGCCGGCCAGAACACCUGGUCUCCGCGGCAUCUGCACAACACACGAGAACAUCGACCCACGAUUCAAGAACUUGAAGCACUCUAUCUCAGCCUGUCUGCUAACAGUGCCGAAAAUUCAGGCCACUACCCGCCCCAUCACUCGGCGCACUCUUUUAUGAAAAUCCCAUCGUCGUAUCUGCGCUCGUCAAAGCCCUGGUCUCCACCCAAAUUCUCCUCCGCAGAAACGGAACCUUUGUCGCCAGGAAGUCACUCAAAUCGUACCAAACCCAUCGAAAUUGGGUUCCGACGCCAUCAUCGGUUAUCUGACUCGUUCCGAGCCAGUUCAGCUCCGCUGUCGAAAAUAUUGGAAAACGUUGCCUCUUCGACGCACAGCGGCUCCGACGAGGGUCCGUCCAACCGACAAGGACAGAAGCACAAAAACAAAUUUAUCGUCACCCCUGCCUACGAUCCCAUCCACAAGUAGUGCUCAAAUGCGAAUCUUUGAAAUAAAUAAGACUCGUACUCGCGUUGUGAAUAUGUCUCUGUAUAGUAUUUUACUGUUUGUUCACUGUUUAUUUUUGUAUUAGUUAUUGAAGAUUAAUUUCGUUAGAUACAGUAAGCUCGAACACAAAUGGAAGCAAAUUCAAUUUGCAUACAAGCUA